UCCCUCCCCCAAAUUAUGGCUAACUUACUCCUAGAGGUAAAUGACCUUUGAUCACAGCGUCGUCCUGCUUGUCCCCCCAAUUGAAGUUGGUGAAUCUCGGAUGAUUCUCCACUGAUCCGAGCAGAGCGAGGCCCAUUUCGAGACUAUGGCCAAUUUCCGAGGUUGGUUUUCUCAGAAAUUGGGCAUGGAAGCCCCGUCCCACUGGAUGCCGGAUGCCGUGUCCGUGGAAUGUUACGAAUGUGGGGCUAAGUUCACCACCUUCAAGCGGAGACAUCAUUGUCGGGUGUGCGGGCAGAUAUUCUGUUCCAAAUGUUGCGACAACACGAUCGCGGGCGAAAUUGUUGGAUGCAAAGGUUAUUUAACCGCAGAACCCCUGAGAGGAAAUUUACGAGUGUGCGUUUUCUGUAAUCAGUUCUUUCGUAAUGCUUUGAUCAAAGGCGAAAACGCCCAAGAGGCUGGCACCACUGCUUCUUCGCCCACUGAUCAUCUGAUGGGUCAUGAUCUCGAGGCUCAGAAGCAUCAUUAUGAUGAUUCCACACCACUAGAAUCCAACACAUUGUUGCAAAAUCCCAAGCGAUUGGAGAUGCUUGUGAGCAAGAUGAGCCGAGAAGGUAUGGAGUUUGGAACUCGGAUUUUUGACGGGAAGGCGUACUUUAGAGUGGUCCUUGGCGGGGAGAUCGUGAAUUGGCUACUGAUCCAAGACGCAACCUUGGCCGAAAACCAAGCGAAAAGCCUGUGUCAGCUCAUGCUUACCUUGGAGUUGCUCACGUCUCCCCUCUGUUCGACUUCCUUCAACCCCUCAGAGCCGUAUAUGGUGUCCAAAAUCAAUCAACAUCGAGAGAGUCUACCAUCGGAUAUUCAGAGUCCAGAUUGGUUGCAGAAUAUGGAUGAUACUACUACGCCUACGGAUGUGAAUCACCAACACAUUCAUUUCAAAGAACAGCCAGCUCUGGAAGUUGGUCCUGGAUCAUCCCAAGAGAAGAAGGGAGAAAGGCCACUUCAACUCUUGAAUCCCAACAUCAAGUUGAUGUGGCAGAGUUCCCGCACCAGAGCCAGUUCUGGCACUCGAAUGACAGAUCCUCAUCAUUCAAUUAUGUCAGUUUACGAUGAUUAUGCACAGUCUUUGCUCCACAUGGAAGUCGAACGGAGAAACUUGGACCCCGUCUGGUUGGAAUUGAUCCCAGAAGUUGUGGAUGAAAUUGUAAACACAAUAGCCCUUGAUCAUAGAAUCCGCAUGGAUGCCAUGGACAUUCGAAAACACAUCAAGAUUAAAAAUGUGCCCUCCGAUGUUUGCUCAAUCCGAGUCAAGAACGGUGUGAGCUUUACUAACAACGUCACUCGUAAGGGCAUGGCGACUCACAUCAAAAAUGCCAAGAUCCUCAUGGUGAAAGGGUCCAUUGCUCUUCAACGGAACGAGGAGCGAUUUAUCAGUUUAGAUCGGUUGAGUUUGCUCGAGACCGAAUAUGUAAGAAAGAUAACGGAUACCAUAAUGGCUUUAAAGCCCGAUGUCAUAAUGGUCGAGAAUUCCAUUUGCAAACCGGUCCAAGACAUAUUGCAUCAAAAUAACGUCUCUGUGCUUGUCAAUGUGAAGCUUCAAGUGCUCCACAGAAUCCUUCGCUUGUUUGACAUCGCCCUUCGCUCAUUCACGGGUACAUUUCUCUCGGGGCAACAGGUCGUUUUGAAAACUUGUGCAUUGUUCCAAGUGAUCAAGUACCAAUUCCCGAAUGGUAAAUUCAAGCAUUUGGUCCAUCUUGAAGGUAGCCCUCCGGAUCGAGGAGCUUGUGUCAUCCUUCACGGUCCUGUAGAUCAGAAUGUGAUUGUCAAAGUUCUACUGCAUAGACUGUUAUUGGUUCAGCGAAAUUGUAAAUGUGAGCAUGCUUUGCUAAUGAGCCAAAGUGCGGCCUUGGAAGUGUUUCAUCCAAAUGAUAUCCCCACUCAUGACACUGGCCUUUUCAGUCCCUUUGUCAACAUAUCGAAGGUUGAUCAAUUACGAUUGUGUAACGAUGAUCAGUCCUACACUGUGUCGGGUGUUCAACAGGAUAAUGGAACAAGCGAAGUUGCAGACAAAAUUGACAUAUUGGAGGUGCCAGUUGUCAAAAUGGUUGACGUUCCAGAGAAACCGAGACACCUCCCCACAUUUUUGAGUCAGACGAUCACAGCACCUAGCACCAAAUCGAAGCAAAUGUCUCUUCUGGCGGAUUUCCGGGCAAAUAUCAAGCAUGUUACCGUUCCCUCUAAACUGAACGAAAAUAAGGGCUACAUCGAAAAGGAUUUGAAUCUUCCAUUGACCCUUUGGGGAGCCAAGAAGCCGUUGAGAUCAUUUCCUGUCUUGUUCUCCAGUUAUUCGUCUAUUUCGAGAGCGGCUCCGUAUUAUUGUAUUUUGCCAUGGAUAGUCCAUAUGCAAAUGUAUGGCCCCAAUGACAUUCCCUUGGGAAUGUUUCUGGAGGCAUUUUGUUUUUCCGACGAGUACCAUUGCCCUAACAAGGUCUGUGAGACCCCAAUGAAGAGCCAUGUCCGACGGUUCUGUCACAGUGCUGGUUGUGUGACCAUGUGUGUGCAAGACAUCGACCGCCAAGUGAUUUUUACCCAAGGAGAGGCAAACGACAACCAGCAGAUCCUUGUGUGGAAAUUUUGUCCCCAAUGUCAGAAAGUAAGCACGAUCCGACCCUUGGAUCACUUGGCCAGUCAAUAUUCAUUUGCCAUGUUCCUGCUUUGCUUGUUCCAUAACUCCAAUCUGAUCCGAAGUGAUGGUUGUCCGCACUUGUUGAAUCGAGAGCAAAUCACUUGCUUCUCGCUUCGCAACUCCUUGAUCACAUUCCAAUACGAUACGAUUCAUCCGUUUGAGUUGGAUCUUCCCACCACCCAGAUCAGUGUGCCCAGCCCGACAUUUGAUCCCACCUCGUUGGAACGGGAUGUCAAAUGUCUGUCGUUGUUUGGAACGGCAGUUUACAGCAAAAUGUUUGAAGACAUCCUUGCCCUGGAAGUGUCCUCCUCCAAGAACAACGGAGGAGCACUCCUGGUCCGAGAACUACGUGGCCUCUACGACCAACAAUUCGGGUCCUAUCGUGAAUUACAGCGAACCAUCAACUCUCAGCUUGAAGCUCUUGAAUUCCGAACCUGUCAUGAAAUGCUCUUCAAGGCCGAGAAAUUCAUAUUGGAAGGUGUUGACGAAUGGCACAAGCUAUUUCCCAACAAAAGCUUGCUAUCAAAAUUGGAUGCUACCGCUGCUAAAGGCCAAGAUGACGACAUGUCGGGAGAAUGGCAAAACCGUGAUUCUACGAACGAACAUCAUCCUGCCUUUAGAUUUGUGUACCCACCGAAGACAUUCUGGCAUUAUCGUAUUACUUCAGGCCAAACAUUUGCCGUGAAUGAGACGGAGCCGUCCAGUCUAAUCGCAUAUACCCUGACCUCAGCCGACUAUCUUCAGUACAUGGAGCAAGCCAGCGGCGAGGUCGUGGAUUUUGACCUCCAAUUCGAGGAUCUGUCGUGUCGCUUCUACUGUUGUGCCUACUUCGCCAAAGAAUUUCACCAACUCCGGGACGCGCUAUUUGGCUCCUCUUGCGAGAACUACGUGGAAUCCUUAAAAAGAUGCUUUCCUUGGGAGGCUAAAGGUGGGAAAUCCGGCUUGACGUUCUAUAAGACGCGUGAUGAUCGCUUCAUCUUGAAGCAAAUGUCCAGGUUCGAGUUUCAAUCGUUUCAAGGCCUCGCUCAGAAAUACUUUGACUUCAUGAACAAAAUGCUCGAGUCAGAGAAGCCAACCACGCUUUUGGCCAAAAUUGUGGGAGUUUAUCGGCUCGGUUUCAAGAAUGGCGUUUCUGGGUCGUCCUUGAAGCAAGACGUUUUGGUUAUGGAAAAUCUCUUCUACGGGCAUUCCAUUACAGAGAGCUAUGAUCUCAAGGGAUCCAUUCGAAAUCGAAUGGCCGAGACGAGUGGUCAGAAGGCGGACAGCAGUCUGGUUCUGCUGGAUGAAAACCUGUUGAAAUUGGCUUGUGAGCGACCGCUCUAUGUGUCUUGGACGUCCAAGGAAUGCCUCCUACGCGCCAUCGAAUUUGACACACAUUUUCUGGCUUCACAUGGCAUCAUGGAUUAUUCGCUAUUGGUCGGAUUGGAUAGUAAACGGAACACCUUAUUCUUGGGGAUCAUUGACUACAUUCGAGCAUUCACUUGGGAUAAGAAAAUCGAGACCUUGGUCAAAUCAAGCGGAAUCUUGGGUGGCUCUGGGAAAACACCCACUGUGAUAUCCCCGCAUUUGUAUAAACGACGCUUCACCGAAGCUAUGUACAAAUACUUCAUCCUGGUUCCGGAUUUACAUUUCAAGGAUAAGGAUGCGGAACUUCGACAAGCGGCUCAUAUCACCUUGUAACACUUCCCUUCUUUCUGAUUUGAAUAUACUAUAUAUAACGAA